AUGACAACUCCUGCGACCGCGUUCACCAUCCAGCCGGCGACACCGGCUGAGGUGCCGACUUUGGUUGAGAUAUUUGAGGCAGCCUUCCGAAGUGCGGCUUCGGAAAGGCUGUUCCCUCGUACACCGGAUGUUAGGGAAUUUUGGGAGGCUACCUUCAUUGGUUACCUCAACCCAAAGCCGGACCGGCCACAGUCACGCAUUUUUACUGCGAAAGACGAGGCUGGGAGCAUCGUGGGGAUGGUGCUAUGGUGGAUUGUGUCGCCAGGAGGGAUCAAUCCUUGGCUGGAUCGAGUCGCAGAGCUGGCGCCAUCCAUAACCCGAGAGCUGAUUGUCCAAUGGGCUGAGCCGCCGGUUCAGGACAACCACAAGUAUGUGGGUGAGGUCGCCCACGUAUUUCUCGAGACUUUGGCAGUCCGUGACACUUGCAGAGGUAAGGGACUGGGCGAAAAAUUGGUACGCGCAGUGACACAGAUAGCCGAUGAUUUGGGAUAUCCUACAUACCUAGAUGCGACGGUAAAGGCCAUCUCGCUUUACGAGCGGGCUGGGUUUAUUGCCCAGCCCAAAGGCGGGAGCAAGUCCGUUCCCAUGCUAAGGCCAAGCAAGACGGAGACAGCACAUUGCGACCUUAUCAAGUCGUCCCUGGAGCCACCUCCCCAGUUCAAUAUGUACGAGCUUAUUGAAGCCAAUGCCUGGGUGGCAUUGAGGCUGCCUUCAGACAGCAUCAAAGUUCUUCAAGUAACACCAAACACAACCAUAUCUCUUGGGAAAUAUGGCUCAUUCCCAAGCAAUCUCAUCAUCGAGCGUCCAUAUCAUGUUACGUACGAACUUGAAGACAAGCGACCCGAUGAAUCCUUUCACCGAAUACGUAUCGUCCCGCAUACGGAGCUGUACGCAGACACGGUAGCUGAAGAAGCUGCCGGCGUUGAUGCCGAGUCUGGCACCCCUCUUCUUGCUGAGGAAGAUGUCGAAUACACUGUUGUCGAUACGGGCAAGGACGAGGUGGUCGCACGAUCUACACAGGAAUUCAUAGAUGAGGAUGCGCGGCAAACUCUCACCAUGGAGGAGAUCGAGGCACUAAAGCGCGAGGGUGCUGGCGCGGGCAAGGAGCUCAUCACUAAGCUCAUGCUACGACACACGGCUCUCGACCUAAAGACUCAAUUCUCGCUGUCCAAGUACAAGCUCCUGAAGACGCGCAAGUACAUUCGGCGUUUCACGGUUCUGCCGUACGAUCCCCUCCAGAUGGGUCAAUAUCUACUUGAGGACAAGGAUGCGGGUAACAAGAUCAUGGAGAUGCGCGACGAAAUGGCCGCGCUGUUGGCAUGCUGGGCAAAUGUACACUAUGGCGGACCUGGCGACGAUACGACUGGGUCUGUCGACACGACCGAUCCUGUUGACCUCCCGGCGGAUUACGACCAGACAGUACGAGAGAGGUGGGAACAAGGCGAGAAGCAAACAUUGCCCGAAGCUGGUCGCUGGCUUGUCGUGGAUGAUACGGGUGGCCUACUUGUUGCUUCUCUUGCCGAAAAGAUGGGUAUCUUGUACCCUAAGAAGGGCGAGGAGACAAGCGCCGAAGCUUCUGAAACGCCGGCACAAAACGGUAAUCACGAGUCUUUGGCCGAAGACAAGAUGGAGAUUGAUACCACCAAUAAUGGGGUAACGUCUUCAGAAAAUGGCCAGGCAGAAUCCUCCGUCGGUGCGACAGGAGAAACAGCCACAGAGAACGGAACUUCAACAGCAAAGGCUAACAAAUCCAUGCGUCCAAAACUAAAACGGCCACAUGACUUUCAGGUGCCUUUCUCCACGUCAAACACCAUCACACUUGUACAUCAAAACUCACAAGCCAACCUUUCGUACCUACGACAGUAUGGAUAUGAUGUCACGAACCCGAAUCAUCCACCACAUCCCCUUCUACCGCAUCUACUUACCUUGACAUGGCUUCAACUCAUAUACCCCGAGGCCGAUACCACAUAUUCGACGCCACCGCCCAUAGUCCCGGCCGAGGAAAUAGCCACGUGGAAAGCCAAUAGGCGCGGGAACUACCACCGCAAGCGCAGGAGAUGGGCGCGCACCCGCCACAUCGUCGAGACUGCCCGCGGCGGUAACUUUUCCGGUCUGGUCGUUGCCAGCUCUAUGGAUCCAGUCUCAGUCCUGCGACAUACGCUUCCAUUACUGGCCGGCGGAGCUCCCGUGGCCGUCUACUCGCCAACCCUGGAGCCACUGACGAGGCUGGCAGACUGCUAUAGUGUAGCAAGACGAGGUGCAUGGAUGUCAUGCGCCAACGAGGAGGACAAGCAGGAACCGGAAGGUAGCGUCGAGACUUCGGCCUCUCCUACCCCCGGCCCGCCCAAGGUGGUGCGCAAGGAGGGUACAGAUGAAUUUCCAGUCAACCCAACCCUGUUAUUAGGUGUCAGCAUACAGACGAGCCGCGUGCGCAAGUGGCAGGUUUUGCCAAACCGAACGCAUCCAUUGAUGACGUCGCGGGGUGGUGCUGAGGGCUACGUCUUGACGGGCUGGCGUGCCAUACCUGCCGAGGGCAAAAUAGAGGCAAGGGGGAAAUUCGUGAAGAAGCAAAAGAGAGAAGCGUAG